AUGGCCGCCGUCGAGUGCGGCGGUGGGGACUGGCCCUUCUCCGCCGAGGAAGCGUACGCCGAUUCCUCUGCGCUGUUGGCGGAGAUCGGCUGGGCGGCCGGUUUUGUCGACGACGCCUGCGCCGGGGAGCUGCUUCCGCCGCUGGAUCCGCCUCCGGCCACACCAACGGGGUCCAUGGAAGGGGCCGGCGCCUCGUCGAGCUCCACCGAUGACGGUGCCACGCGGGAGGCUGCGGACGCCGACGGCAGGCCGGCCGCCGCGACAGAGGCAGCGAGCAAGCCGGCGCCGGCGCCAGCCCCGGGGAAGACGAUGAAAAAGCAGAAGCGGGCGCGGCACCCACGGUUCGCGUUCAUGACCAAGACGGAGAUAGACCACCUCGAGGACGGAUACCGCUGGAGGAAGUACGGACAGAAGGCCGUCAAGAACAGUCCUUUCCCAAGGAGCUACUACCGGUGCACCAACAACAAGUGCACAGUGAAGAAGCGCGUGGAGCGCUCCUCUGACGACCCCUCCGUCGUCAUCACCACCUACGAGGGCCAGCACUGCCACCACACCGUCACCUUCCCACGCGGCGCCGGCGCCGCCACCCUCGCCAGCCAGAUGGCCUUCUCGGCACACCACCACCACCACCUCGUGUACAACGACUUGCCGGCGCUGCACUCGCCGACCACUCAAAACCCACUCUUCAGCGUGCCGGCGAUGUCGUCGUCGCUGCUCCAGCCGCUACACUGCAACCGACAGGAGCUACAAGUUGCGAGCUACACAACCCAGGCAUCGUCCAUCUCGUCGCCGGGGAGUGUUCCCGCCGUCGACAAGGGGCUUCUGGAUGACAUGGUGCCUCCAGCGAUGAGGCACGGAUAG